AUGAGACUCUAUGUAGUGAUAUAUGUCAAUGACUUAUUGAUUGGGGGUAAUGAUCCUAAGGCUAUCAAGAAGUUUAAAGGAUAUCUCAGCCAAUGUUUUCAUAUGAAAGAUUUGGGACUAUUGAAAUACUUCCUUGGUAUUGAGGUUUCACGGUCACCCAAAGGAUUUUACUUGUCACAGAGGAAGUACGCAUUAGACAUCGUUAAAGAGUGUGGUUUGUUGGGCAGAAAACCUGUUUCUACUCCAAUGGAACAGAAUCACAAACUGGCUACCGACGAAGGACAAUUUUUUCAUGAUUCAGAAAGGUAUCGUUGGUUGGUUGGUCAUUUGGUAUAUCUUACUUACACAUGCCCGGAACUGUCUUAUGCCGUCCAUAUGCUUGCUCAGUUUAUGCAAAAGCCUCGUACUAAGCAUUGGGAAGCAGCGAUAAGAGUUGUGAAGUAUCUUAAAGGCUCGUAUUGCGACUCCGACUGGGCAACGUGUCCUAUGACUCGAAGAUCAUUGAAGGGAUUCAUUGUUAUGUUAGGAAACGCUCCUCUCGCGUGGAAGACGAAGAAGCAUGACACAGUUUCAUGUUCUUCGACGGAGGCAGAGUAUAGAGCGAUGGGGUUCACUGUAAGGGAAUUGAAAUGGAACCAUGAACUCCUUUCAUGCUUUGGAGUCCCACAUACACAACCGAUGCGCCUUCAUUGUGAUAGCAAAUCGGCUCUACUGAUAGCGUCUAAUCUUGUUUUUCAUGAAAUGACAAAACACCUUGAAACAGAUUGUCAUUUUGUGCAAGAUGAAUUUCUCGAUGGCUCCCUCGCUACUGCUCAUAUCCGCACUAUAGUGAAACUGGCUGAUAUUUUCACUAAGGCGUUGGGCUCGAAGCAAUUUUCUUAUCUCAGAUGCAAGUUAGGCAUACGUGAUCUGCAUGCUCCAACUUGA